CUUACUUCCGCCCCAACCUGCCAGCUGGGACCGAGAGACCUACUUCCUAUGCGCACACUUGUGCUGCCUGACUAAAAAUAUGGCAACUAAUGAUAAAGCAAUACUUUGGACAACUGCAACUGUGAAGGCCCCCAGUUUGCGGAAAGAAACGUGGAUCUGAGUGGGGUGGGGCGGUCUCCGCACUGAGCAGCAAGUAGGGCCUCUCGGAGAAGUUGGCGUGGUUUCUCUGUUCAGACCAACUUCACAAUGUCGAAAGUUUCCUUUAAGAUCACGCUGACGUCGGACCCACGGCUGCCCUACAAAGUACUUAGUGUUCCUGAAAGUACACCUUUCACAGCAGUCUUAAAGUUUGCAGCAGAAGAAUUUAAAGUUCCUGCUGCAACAAGUGCAAUUAUUACCAAUGAUGGAAUAGGAAUAAAUCCUGCACAGACUGCUGGAAAUGUUUUUCUAAAACAUGGUUCAGAACUGCGAAUUAUUCCUAGAGAUCGUGUUGGAAGUUGUUAAUGUCUGCUACUUGGAGCAUAUGAUUUCCUUUCAUAAUAAAUAUUGGUAUUUUUUUGUUGUUGUAAAAUUGAAAUCAGGCAUUGAACAUACUAUGAAAAUACCAACAGUCAAUGGAAUAAUGAAAAGUGACUUUUCUGUCCGUCCUUGCUCACACUCUUCAUGUGAAGAGGCAAUUCUUACGAAUUGGGUACUACCACCACAGAAGAUCAUACAGUCUUUGAUUGCUACCUCACAGCACAAACAGGUAGUUCAUUUGGGGUAAAUGGAUUAUCUAACUGUGUUUUAUAACUGGAGGAUGCUUCUGAGAACAUUCAGAGAAUUAAAAUUGACCAAAUCUUACAUGUUUAUCUGAGUUAAAAAUAUAAAAGGAUUAUGGAUCAUGGAUGGUAGUUUGGCUUGAUAGCAUCUGAUUUGCAGACUCAUAAUUAGAUUCUUAAUUAAAUAUACAGUUUAUGAUGAAAGCAGUGGACACAUCAGUGAAUAGUUAACUGUCUUCUUAUCAUUGAGGUUUAGGUUUAGAACCUCAUAUGUCAAGUAAAUUUCAGUUUAGUAUAAAAGAAACAAAAAUUGAAUGUUUUAAUCUAGCCUUUAUGUGUAUUAAUUGAUGCCCCAUACCAAAUUUUAGCAGUGCACUUGCAGAAUUUAGCACUUAUAAGGCGGAAAUUGACAAUACUCUAGAAGGAUCCUUUGCUGAGCUAUGCAUUUCUUUAUCAAUCUCUUUGAAUACAACUUUUAAAACAGGAGUCUUUAAGAAAUCACUUUUUUUAAGGAUGAUAAUUCUAAGCGAAAUUCAGCAAGAAUAUUGUUACAAAGAAGAUCUGAAGAUCAAAGCUCAAGGAAAUGCUGGUGUGUUAAUACUUAUUAAAGACCCAACUUUAAGGAAGGGCUAAGAUUAGUCACCUAAGUGAAUAAGAAGCCAGGAAAGGCAAAAUGGGGAAGCCCAGAUGACCAGACUUCUGGUAAGGAGGAAAGCAACAAAGGACAACAGUGAAGGGGACCAGAAAGCUAUAGCAAAGUAUCAUAGAAAAAGCCAGCUGGAUAGACAGAACUGCAGAGGGUUUGUUGGAGAGAACUGAAAACAAAAUACUUGACAUAGUCUUAAGUAGCAGAAGGCAAUUAGAGAAAGCAAAGUAUUGGCCUUGUCAACAUACAGAUUUCAAAAUACCCCUGUUGAGAAUCCAAAGAAUGGCAUGCAUGAGGGAAGAUUGUAUUUGCCCUUCCAGAGGAAAUCAGUAUCUAUGCAAAUCUUGAAAGAUGAAGGCUCACAGUGAUUCAGAAUCAGCACUGGGACUGCUGUAUUUUAAAUGGUGAGCUCUCUGGAGGCAGCAGGGAUUUUAUCUGUCUGGUUAUUUCUAGAGCUGUAAAUGUAAAUACUUGCUGAGAGAAUAAAGUUUCUAUAAGACCAAUUUUUAUCUUAGCGUGUUUCAGUAUCUUCCCUAUCAUAGGUCCUAGGUUCAUUGAAAAAAAAAAAAAUUUACAAGAAAAUUCAACAGAAUCAGCAUCUGAGGGGUGCCAUUGUUGUUUAUGUAAUUACCAGAUAUUGUUUAUACCUUUCAUAAAUGAAUAGUAGGGUUCUGAAUUACAAAGGAAAAAAAAGUCUUUGCUGCCGGUAAAAAAAAAAAA